AUGAAGAAGUUAUUGGAAGUUGUGAUAGUUUUUUGUGUGUCAUUGCUGUAUUCUUCGGUCGAAUCGGUGAAUCCCUCCCCAAAAGUGGACUUGACCGAGGCUGAUGAUCUUAAUAAUGAAAACGGAUUUGUGAGUGUGUACAAAAAUUACCCGAAAAUUCAAGUUACAGUUGAUACUUCGAAGCUAAAACGUGUUGCUAAUCCAGAGAACGAAGAAAGUAGUUCCGGCAGCUCGGGAAGUUCCGGAUCGGAAUCCGCGGAACAACGAACUGUGGGAGUGCGCACGGAUAUAACGAUCGAAAUUUCCGAAGAAACUGCCAACGAAACCAAUAAUGUGGAUGUGAAAGUGGAUACUAGACGCAAGAAUGGAACAGAACCGAGAAGGGGUGGAAAGGAAAAGGAUGAUGAUGACAAUGCCAGUGUGCCAGUGUUCACUGGAAUGAAUGGAAUUCCACCUCGGGAAAGACUACCGAAACCAACUAUUUCGAAUGACAUCAAUGGAGAUAAACCGUCAAGGCCAGGAGUUCCGUUGAAUGGAAGACCUACAUUUGUGCAUACACUGGAUGAUCGCAGGAAUGGAGGUCCUUACGAUGGAUGGAAUGGGUACCAACCGGUGAUGGGCGUGUGGACUACCGAGCGACCGUUCCUUAGACGGAUUGAUUACGACUUCAGAGGUAAUCCCAUCUAUGUUAAGAGCUACAUUCCGUACAACGUGGGUCGCCACUACGAUACCCGUGGAAGCAGCUGGAAAUCCUGCUACUGUAGUGCCUAUCCACCGUGGGACCGUGCUCCAUCGAAUCCGGUACUGCCGACACCGCGACGAAAGGUACAGGACAAGGUGGACGUACCCCACAAACAGCACCGUGAUUGA